CCAAGCCAUUCUCAAGACAAACACUAGCUGGUUAGCUAGGCUAGCAGAUCUCCAGGAUAAUCUUACAGCUGUGGCAUAACGGAAAUUUUGCUCAAUUUGUUUACUUAAACAAACAUAUAAAAGAUUUUACUGGAUUUCAAACUCAUCAUAUCGACUCUGGCUUUUAGUCUUCCUUGCGUACGUUGUCUAAAUUAGAUAGAUUCUGCUUCUUUUCUUUUGGGAUCAGCUCAAGCUAACUUAGUUACGUUGCAAAACAGCCAUUAUGGCUGACUUUGAGUUUAACGAACACCAUCAGUCUGAAAUCAUCAACUACAUGCGAUUUGCUCGCUCAAAGAGGCUCUUAAGGCUCAAGACUAUUGACUCAUGUUUUGAGGAACUCAAAGACAGCAGGCUGGUGGAGGACACCUUCACAGUGGACGAGGUUAGGGAGAUGCUGGAUGGGCUGCAGAUGGUGGUCCGGGGGGAGGUGGAGAUGGAGCUGAUCAACACGGCCCACACUAACGUGCUGCUUCUCAGGCAGAUUUUCUCUCAGGCUGAGAAGUUUUACCUUCGACUCCAGAGUGAUAUCUCUGAGCUGGAGAACAGGGAGCUGUUAGAGCAAGUGGCUGAAUUUGAGAAGACUGACUUUAAAAUAACAAAUAAGAUAAACCAGGAAACAAGUAAACCCAAGUUGGCACCACUGAAUGAGGGUGGGGUGUCUGAGCUUCUUAACAAGGAGAUAGCGAAACUACAAGAGGAGAAUGAUAAACUGAAAUCCAGACUGCGGACUUUAGAAUCACAGGCCAUGAGUGCACUAGACGAGAAAACAAAAGCAGAGAGAGCUCUGAAGGAUCUUCAGAGGACACAAGGAGAGCAAAAGCUUUCUGCUCAAACAAAGGAAAUCAACAGCCUGGAGGACACAGUAGCAGCUCUGAAGGAGGACUAUGAAAGAUCGCUUAGUGCCAACGCUGCAUCCCAGAAGGAUCUGAAGGAGAAUCUAAUCACUGCCAAGCACGAUCUUCUGCGAGUGCAGGAGCAGCUGGCCUUGGCAGAGAAGGAGUUGGAGAAGAAGUUCCAGCAAACUGCAGCGUACCGCAACAUGAAGGAGAUUCUAACCAAGAAGAACGAGCAGAUAAAAGAAAUUAGGAAACGAUUGCAGAAAUACGAGCCAGACGACUGAGGUUUCGCAUGUUUUCAUUAGAAAGACGGACCAAAAUUUUUCUGACUGAUUUGGGACAAGAAACUACCAGUUCCGGUGUUUUUUAUUUUUAUUUCUGCUUUAUCUGGCAUUCUCUGUUCCUGUUAGCUUCAUUAAACAGCAUUUAGGUCAGCUGGGGAAACCCAUAGGUGAAUACGCAGAGGAUCCGAUGACGUGUGUUUUCCUACGGUAGCUGGCAGAUUUCCCUCAGUGCUCUAUGCAAAAAGCAGCAUUUACCUGUUUGAAGGGGCCUUGUCCUUUUGCUCAUCUGGACAGAACUGUACUGCCUGAAGCCUGAAGCUUGUAGUCUUAGUGUGCCUUGCAAAACUAUUAAAAGCUCUUGAAAUGUU